UCGUUUUAGUGAUUGGGCGCAAAAUCCAGUGUUUGUUUUCUUCCUUGUCCUAUAUUGGAAUCUUAAAAGUCAGCCUAAUGAACGUUAAAAUUGUCGAAGCGACCGCGGUUGCGUAGACCAACAGCACGUGCUCCAGUCCGGUGUCUCGAGCCAUGUUUAGGGAACUGUUUCAUGAGCUAAUUCCUGUAGCCCUUUAGCUAGCAAUACCUAGCUCAGUUUCUCACUCAUAAUGUCUAGUCUGCCUCAAAAUAAUCUAAAGGAACAACUGGCAAGACACAGCAAUGCUGCUCACAGCAAACUCUCCCUGGCUAAACCCAAAACAGGGGCUUUCUCGUUCAAAAAGAAAUCUUCAUCAGGUACAACUAAAGUGGAAUUCCCGACCAAGGUAAACAGUCUAAAUGCUUUGGCAAACAGGAACGUGAAUGUCCCUAAGAACAAUUUGGUGACUAAAUCUUCUUUAAAAUUUUCAAACAAGCUUGAAGGAAAUCAAAAAAACAAAAUCGACAGCUUCUUCUCUUCAAGUUCAAAAUGCAAGUCAGAUGUCAUCAGCCCAGCAGGUUGCUCCAUUACAAAAAGUGAAACACCCUUAGCAGAUGCUAGCAUUAAGAUGCCUGUAGCUCCUGUUAAACCUGACAACUCCCUCUGUGAUGGUAAAGGAAUCAGCUCAACUAGACUGGAUGUAUCUAGUUUGAAGAUUGAUGACUGGGAUGAUUUUGAUGACUUUGAAACACCCGCCAAAGCCAAAAGCGACUCAUUCUGCUCAGAGAAAUCAGCUGUUGAAACAAAAAUAACUUUAUCUUCAGAUGAAGAGUUCCCAGAGUUCACAGGAAAACAAAGCCAUGAUGCUGGUAGCUUAAAACCAGAAUUGAGCAAGAAGAACAAUGACCAGUCUUCUAAGGAGACAGAAGAGCAAGAAUCUCGUGUCAAUAAAUCAACCAUUUCAGUAGAACCUAGUUUAGGUCAUGAACUUUCAGACUAUGAAGUGGAGGAGUCUCCUGUAAAAAGGACUAGAAGGCGUUGUCUUCCUCCACUUGUGACUUCAGUGUUGAGUGAUAGUGAUGAGGAAAUCUGUCACGUCUCUAAAGCUUUGAAAGAAAAAACAGAUGAAAAGGAAAAAUGGAUUGAUCCAAAAAAACCGGACCUGGAUCACACCUUCAAACCUGAGGAAGAUCUUGAUUACAUUCCCCCUUCACCUCCUUCUCAGACUUCUUAUACAAAUUUUGGAACAAGAAAUCAAUCUGGCAAUGUUCAGAGCAGAGAUGAUGCUUCCCAACCCAUCAGCCCUCCCACAGCUCCACCUAAACCGCAACAACUUGCUGGUGACAAAACAAAGGAACAACUCUUUAGUAUUAUGGAGUCCAUCUGUGCUCUGGUUGAUUCCAUCCCUGAGCAUGAACUAAUCGCUUUGUCCUGUGGGGAUGAACUUUUGCUAAAGAGGGCCCAAAGGAAGAGGAUUUUAGCUUGUGGGACUGAUUCUUUGAGCAGGAGGACGCAGCAGCCAGACAGUACAGGGAUUUCUGAUUCUUUCAAAGAAAGCUUUUCCAUCUGUGGUUCUUCCACUGCAAUGUCCCCUAGCAGUUCCCUGCCUUUAGACACUAAAAAGUCCAAACAGCCUCAAAGAUCUUCAGUCAUCUCUAUUGACCAUGACUCGGACUGCUUUGACGACUCCAGUUUAAAACCAUGGCAAAGGAGAGAUAGCAGGACAAUAUAUGUUGAAGAUGACAGUGUUUGCGACUCUCCAUCAGCAAACAGCUUCACAAAACCACCAGUUAAUAUAGAGAAAUUAAGCUCUGACGCUAAUGAUGCAAAUCUUUCAUUCCCAACCACGUUAGAUAAUGUGCAAGAAAAAUCCAAAACCCCAACACAUGCAGCCACGACAGACUUUGAGGAAGAUGACUUCUAUAUGGACGAUUUUGAUAUAGAUGACUUUAAUGAUUCUGACAUCCCUGAUUACUUUGAUGAACCUCAAACUAAGAAUGUAACUAAAAAUCUAAGCACUCCAUCUGCUGCUGUGAAAGAAGAGGGAGCAAACAAGUCGUCUUGGAACAAGAAACCAGUAACUCCUGUUGCUGCUUCAAAGCCUCAGAAGAUUUAUUCACCAGAGCCCAACUUUAAAAAUCCAGCUCAUGAUCGCUUUAGAGGCUUUAACUUCCCCUAUUCACAGGAGAUGAUGAAGAUCUUCCAUAAACGAUUUGGACUCCAUCAGUUCAGGUUUAAUCAGCUGGAAGCAAUCAAUGCUACUCUUCAAGGAGAAGACACAUUUGUUUUAAUGCCAACAGGUGGGGGUAAAAGUUUGUGCUACCAAUUGCCUGCAUGUGUCUCACCUGGAGUCACUGUUGUCAUUUCUCCGCUUAAAUCUCUUAUUGUUGACCAGAUCCAGAAGCUCACCACGUUAGAUAUUCCAGCAACAAGUUUAUCUGGUGAUAAAAGUGACAGUGAAGCGGGAAAGAUUUAUAUGCAGCUCUCCAGGAAAGACCCGAUCAUUAAACUGCUGUAUGUAACGCCAGAAAAGGUUAGUGCAAGCAACAGGUUGAUCUCAGCUCUGCAAAACCUGUACGAGCGAAGCCUUUUAGCCCGCUUUGUGAUUGAUGAGGCACAUUGUGUCAGUCAGUGGGGCCAUGAUUUUCGCCCAGACUACAAGAAGUUGCACGAACUACGUCAGAAGUUCCCCAAAAUACCGAUGAUGGCUCUAACAGCCACCGCCACCCCCCGUGUCCAAAAAGACAUUCUCAACCAGCUAAACAUGAGUCGACCUCAAGUGUACGUGUUCAUUUCCAAGAGUGAAACGUUUUGUCUUUUGUUUUUACUUUUUCUGUUGGUGAAUACAGAAACAUUAUUCUAUAUUUGUCACAUCCAGGUGGAGUUCUAUGAGACAGAGAGCGCAUCCAGCAUCAGGAAGCACAAAGCUUCUGCCUCCAAGAGUGUCUCCAAAAGAGAGGAGAUGGUUCAGGAAUGUCUGAAGGAGCUGAUCGAUCUGUGCAAGCAGCUGGGCAAAGCAUUUGGUCUUCAUUAUUACAACAUCUUCUCCACUGCCACCUUAAAGAAGAUAUCUGAGAGGCUUUCUUCUGAUCCAGAAGUCCUCCUACAAAUUGAUGGUGUGACGGAGGACAAACUGGAGAAGUAUGGAGCUGAGGUCAUUAAGGUGCUUCAGAAAUACUCUGAAUGGCAGCUCACUGUGGAAGAGCAGACUGAAAAUCCAGGAGAUGGCUGGAUAGACACCAGACGCUCAGAAGAUGAGGGUAUGGAGUCCUCCACCUACUUCUGCAACCAGCCUGCUCAGGGACAGAAGAGGAAGAAGGCUCCAUUUUUCAAGUAUUCUAAGAAGAGAAAAGGAUAUGGAAAACAAAGCUACUCUUCUAAGGGUCGUGGAUACAGCUCCACUGAGUCUUCGUAUUCCGGUUCCAGGGGUGGCUCCCAAAGCGCAGGCCGAGGGUCUAGGAAUGCUGCAGGAGAUGCACGAGGAGGCAGGACACCAGGAAUCCUGUCGGCCCCGACGCCUCGAAGCAACCAGCGUCCCUUUUUGAAACCAACCUAUUCUCACAUGAGCUAAAAGCUGCUUAAAUCGCAAAC